AGAGCGGCCAGGAGGAGGGUUGGUGCUGCUCUCGUCUCUCUCCGUUCCGAGCAUUCCGGAAAACCAUGGCUACUCUCAAGGAGAAGCUGAUCGCCCCCAUCGCUGAGGGAUCCGUAGUGCCGAACAACAAGAUAACUGUUGUGGGGGUUGGACAGGUUGGGAUGGCCUGUGCUAUCAGCAUCCUGGGAAAGGACCUUUGUGAUGAGCUUGCUCUGGUUGAUGUUUUGGAAGACAAACUUAAAGGAGAAAUGAUGGAUCUACAGCAUGGGAGCUUGUUCCUUCACACUCACAAGAUUGUGGCAGACAAAGACUAUGCUGUCACAGCCAACUCCAAGAUUGUGGUAGUAACUGCAGGAGUUCGUCAGCAAGAGGGGGAGAGUCGUCUCAACCUGGUUCAGAGAAAUGUGAAUGUCUUCAAAUUCAUCAUUCCUCAGAUUGUCAAAUACAGCCCCAACUGUACUAUUCUGGUGGUUUCUAACCCUGUGGAUAUAUUGACCUAUGUCACCUGGAAGCUGAGUGGCCUGCCAAAAAACCGUGUGAUUGGAAGUGGCUGCAAUCUAGACACAGCCAGAUUUCGCUAUCUGAUGUCCGAGAGACUUGGUAUACACCCAACCAGCUGCCAUGGUUGGAUCUUGGGAGAACAUGGUGAUUCUAGUGUGGCUGUUUGGAGUGGAGUUAAUGUGGCAGGUGUUUCACUCCAGGAGUUGAAUCCUGCCAUGGGAACUGACAAAGAUAGUGAGAACUGGAAGGAGGUCCACAAGCAAGUAGUUGAAAGUGCCUAUGAGGUAAUCAGACUUAAGGGAUACACAAACUGGGCCAUUGGCCUUAGUGUUGCUGAGCUCUGCGAGACCAUGCUGAAGAACUUGUGCCGUGUUCACUCAGUCUCAACACUGGUAAAGGGCAUGUAUGGCAUUGAUAAUGAUGUCUUCUUGAGUCUUCCUGCUGUCCUGAAUAGCUCUGGAUUGACAAGUGUCAUCAACCAAAAGCUGAAGGAUGAUGAGGUGGCUCAGUUGAAAAAGAGCGCGGAUACAUUGUGGAACAUCCAGAAAGAUCUUAAAGAUCUGUAAUCUAUGAAUGUUAGUUAUGUUCCAGAAAUAGAAAAAGUUAUGUGCAGAGUGGGCUCUACACACUGUACAUCUCUAUGGUUUAAACAUUUAAUGCUGUUCCAAAAUGAGCUUUGUUCACGGUAGCUAAACUUAUGCUUGCUGUAACGCACAGACCUUAUGAACAAAUAAAGUAACUUUCAGGCA